UUCUUAUCCUCAUCUUCUCCGCCGAAAUCAAGAGUGCUGUGACUGCUUUGCUCAGUGUGCUCACUACUGAACGCUCGAAGUCUGCUCCGCAAGUGGGACAUUCGAAUAUCGGACCAAAGAAGCGAAGUAAUACAGUAAUACUAGAUUAGUCUUCUGUAGACCGUCACUCGUGAAAGAACGCGAAGAAAACAGUUACGGGAAAAGUGCGGGAAAAUAUUGUGUGAAAAAAAAAAUCGGGAAAUUUAUUUUUUCGGAUAAUUUCGUACCGGGAAAGUUCCAACUUCACUCAUUUUCCGGUUCGCUAUGUCUAUUUCACAUAUAAACAUUUUUCAGCGGUGACAUUUUUUUGUGAAAUUUCAGGAUCAAGUAUAGUGCCUCAAGGAUUAAAUUUGGAUUGCGUAUAUUGAAUCAGAAAGAUGGUAGGGCUGAAAUUCGUGGACGAGAGCCUCAACCGGUCCUUCUACAAAUUGGGGAUGUUGGUGGGGAAACACCCUGGCUACUUCCUCAUUGUACCCGUGCUCCUCACCCUGCUGGGGAUGACAGGGUACCAGCGGAUAAAAAACAACAUCGACCCGGAGUACCUGUUCAGUCCGAUCAACGGGGAGGGCAAAUUCGAGAGGAGUAUAGUGGAGAGUUAUUUCAAGGUCAACUAUAGCAGCAGAUUCAGUGUGUCCCGAAUAACUAGAGCUGGACGUUUCGGCAGAGUAAUUCUGACAUCGAAAGAUGGCGACGAGAACCUGUUGCGUGCGGCCGUAUGGGAGGAGAUGCGCCUUCUCGACAACUACAUUCAAAACAUGACGGUCUCUUACGAGGACGAAACGUUCACCUACAAAGACAUCUGCGCGAAAUGGAUGUCAGAGUGCUUCCAAAACGACAUCCUCAAUUUAGACUACAUAAUGGAGGACGUGGAAAAUGGAAUGAUCAACCUAACUUUCCCAAUCAUGUUCAAUCCAGUGACUUGGGACGCUCAUGCGUUCCCGGUAUUUUUUGGCGGUUCAGAAGUUAGUGAAGAUGGCAUCAUCAUCAGCGUACCUUCCGUGCAGCUAGUAUAUUUUGGGAAUGCAGAUACCAAAAAAUACGAGAAAAUGGGAGCAGCAUGGGAAGAUGCUUUCCUGAAUCUGAUAGAAGAAAUUCAGGACAAAGAAGAUCGAUUCCAACACAUAAGAAUAGCUAGAUUCGCAUCGAGGACACUUGAUCACGAAUUGGAAAAAAAUACGAAAUCAGUAAUGCCUUAUUUCACGUCGACUUUCGCAAUCAUGGCUAUAUUUUCAAUAGUCACUUGUAUGAUGUUUGAUUGGGUAAGAUCCAAACCUUGGCUAGGCCUUUUGGGCAACUUGAGCGCUGCAAUGGCAACACUGGGCGCAUUCGGAUUUUGCAUGUACGCAGGCAUCGAUUUCAUCGGUCUGAAUUUGGCUGCCCCAUUCUUGAUGAUAGGAAUUGGUAUAGACGAUACUUUCGUGAUGUUGGCGGCUUGGAGGAGAACUUCCAUCAAAUCCCCUGUACCAGUCAGAAUGGCCCAGAUGUUGAGCGAGGCAGCUGUUUCCAUAACCAUCACCUCCGUCACUGACUUUUUCAGUUUUUGCAUCGGAAUUUUCAGCCCUUUUCCUUCCGUUACAAUUUUUUGUAUUUACUCCGGGGCUGCUACUAUUCUAUUGUUCAUAUGGCACCUGACGUUUUUUGCUGCAUGUGUAGCAAUAUCAGGAUAUUGUGAACAGAAGAACCUCCAUUCCGUUUUCUGCUUCAAGGUGCAGCCAAAAUCAAAAUCACACGACAGAUGCUUCUUGUACCGCUGGUUCUGCAGCGGCGGCGUCGAUCGGAACGACAUGGACAAUCCCGAGGACAACGAAGAACACGGCAUGAUGGUGUUCUUCAGGGAUCACUUCGCAGCCGCCCUCAACAACGGCUGCGUCAAGUUCCUGGUCGUCCUGGUCUUCCUGGCGUACCUGGGAGGUGCUGGAUAUGGGAUCACCAGGAUCGAGGAGGGACUGGAGAGGAGGAAGGUGGCCAAGAGCGAUUCGUACGCCAUCGAGUUCUUCGAUAGGGAGGACGAUUACUACAAGGAGUUUCCGUACAGAGUUCAAGUAAUAGUCUCAGGCGAACACGACUAUUCCGAUCCGAAAAUCCAAAAGCAAGUCGAAAAUCUGACGGCAACUUUCGAAAACACCACUUACAUAUCGAACAACACCUUGUACACGGAGUCGUGGCUAAGAAGUUUCAUCCAGUAUACCGAACGAAACAAGGACUAUCUCAAUUUGACAGUCGACACCAAGAAAGGUUUCACUGAUGCAUUGAAAGAGUAUUGGUUGGCACCGAGCAGUCCAUUUUCUUUGGACGUAAAAUUCGACGACACAGGGGAAAACAUCAUAGCGAUGCGAUUCCUCAUCCAAGCUGUCAACAUAUCCGGAACCGAGCACGAGAAGGAGAUGGUGAGAGCCAUCAGACAAAUCUGCAAAGACUCACCGCUGAAUGUCACCGUCUUCAAUCCCUAUUUCGUAUUUUUUGAUCAAUUCGAAUUGGUGAGACCCAUGUCCAUCCAAAACAUGAUCAUAGGAGCUGGAAUCAUGAUGGUGGUGUCCUUCAUAUUCAUUCCCAAUAUCCUGUGCUCGUUUUGGGUGGCACUCAGUAUCAUCUCGAUAGAAGCGGGGGUGGUGGGUUACAUGGCUCUGUGGGGGGUCAACCUGGAUUCCAUCUCGAUGAUCAACCUCAUAAUGUGUAUAGGUUUCAGUGUAGACUUCACUGCUCACAUUUGCUACGCCUACAUGUCUUCCAAAGCGAAAACCCCCGACGAAAGGGUGAAAGAUGCCUUGUACGCCCUUGGUUUGCCUAUAUUCCAAGGUUCCGUCAGCACCAUUCUGGGAAUGAUAGCUCUCCUACUAGCCAACAACUACAUCUUUUCUGUGUUCUUCAAGAUGGUGUUCUUGGUAGUAUUCUGUGGAGCUAUGCAUGGACUGCUUCUGCUUCCAGUGAUGUUAUCCUUGUUUGGACCAGGCUCUUGUACCAGAAGACCGAUUGAUGAAGAUAUGAAGCUAUCGAAAAUAGAAGAAUCUCUUCCCCCUCCAUACUGCAUACCACACCCACAGUUUACCUUGAAUGGUAGCAAUUUGGGAGCUCUGAAGGGUUCUAACAUUCCAAGCAUCGAAAGGUAUGCAAAAAAGCCGUUAAAGAACUACAUGGAGAUAGAAAAGGACCUCGGUCUAGGCACUUCCGAAGAGAAUUCCAGCGAAUCGUCGGUCCAUUCGCAGAGGAAAAACGGUUUGGACGAUGCAGCCAUGGAGAAAAAGUACCGGGACGCGUGGAGAAGGAAUUCUGAGGUAGCGAUAAGCCAGUUCAGGGCUUCGCAAGUACUAGACAUCUUUGGAAACGACUCGGAAGCCGAAUAUUACAGGAAAAGACAAAGACGAGUAACCGAAACGGCGACUCCGAAUGCGAGGAUUUACGAACGAAGAGCCCCGGAAGUCGACUUACCACCGCCAAGGUACCAACCCAACAGAAGACACUCACCGCCAGAGGGCAGGUACCAACCGAGACAGAACGGAGAGUACCUGAACAGAUCCAAUUCCUAUCACGAAAUAUCGCAUCCUAGGUUCGUGAAGGAGUCCAGAUAUUCGUAGUUUCAUAGGUUAUGGAAAUUAUUGUGUUCGGACUAAGGUGGCCAUUCAAGUGGAUUUGUGAACAAUAUGUAUUUUUACGUGAUUAACAAUUUGACGAGAUGAUUCCGAAAAUAUCGGAUAAACUACGUAUUUAUACAGGGUGUGCGGUAAACCAUGGAGUUAGUGAUAAACAAGUUUUUAACUUAUUAGAAGACCACAACUUGACCUUGGUAGAAACUUCACGUCUUUCGAGAUAUUGGAACUCCUAUAAAAACAAAAACGAAUUCCUAUCUCGGAUCAUUCUUUCAUGUUUCAAGCAAAUAAGGAGCGUUUCAUGUUAAUGCUCAUCAUCGAUAAAUACAGGGUGAAUCUGAAAGUGAGUUUUUUUAUUUAACAGGGUUUG